AUGGUUGCUCUGUCGCCAGAAAUGAAUUCGUGUACAAAAUGUUUAUUACUACUAGUGUUCGUUGGGUUGACGGUGUUAGUAAAAUUAUCGGAAAGUUCCCCUUUAAGACCUUAUCAAACACAAAUUGAAGAAAAAUCACGCCAAGAUAUCAUCACACUAGCAGCACGAGUCAUAAAAAUAGCCAUGUACGGUAGCAACCAGUAUGACGUCAUCAAGAGAAACGCGGGAACUGUGGACCAUCUUCUGAACUUUCCUGAUCUCAGCGUUGGGAAAUAAAAAAGGGAGACAACUCCAAUAGACAACAGACCACAACAGCAUUGUUUAUGACUGAAUGGUUGAAUCCAAUGUGUAUAUAAACUGACUAUAAUAUUCUGUAUGAGAUAUAACAUAUAACCCUUUACAUACUAACACCGUCACUUGAUUAACUCGGGGGUCAAUUUUCAGGAGCUCUAUUCUCAAAAACUAAGAUGAUUUGAGUGUCUCAGUCAUUGAAUCGAUUUUGAAUUCGUUUUUUUUUUCAUCCGAUUAGAUGACUGUUGUUCUUGAAGUUGUUUUCUUUCUCUAUAUUUUCUUAGUUUUCCGGAAUAAUGCCCCAGAUCGUGUUCGUUAGAAACGAAAGUUUUGUCAAAUUGAAUAUUUGUGGCCGGGAUCAGAGGAAACUUUAAAACAGUUCAGUACUUUUUCGGAACUAUACAGACAUUAUCUAAAUUUUAAUAUGUCCUUAAGCCUAAUACCGACCAAAUAAACUUUAUUUUCUUAGUGAAUCGCUGAAAGGAAUGCUGAGUUUACAAAUCCAAAUACAUGUACCAAUAAAAAUUCUUUUCUUUGUGGACUCUACUAAAGGAACAAUGGAAAAACUUUAUGUUAAUUUGCGAGUUAUAGCCAGGUAGCUUGAAAGAUGAUCGGCCUCCUGAAAGUCUAAAGAACUUCUUAUACUUUGACUGCAAUAGCCACAUUUCAUGUAUCACGGUAGCAAAUGCAAUGAUUUGAUUGGAUUGUACGUUAGCGAAUACAGUCAAUCAGAGUCCUCGACAGAAAGUUUGUAAACAAUAAGCUAUAAUGUUUACAGUCAGUCUGUUGAGAGCUAUUAUUGACUGUUGUCGCUAGCGCACACCCCGAUAAAAUCGUUGCAUUCAAUGAUACAUAAAAGGUGUCUAUUGUAGUCAAGGUAUAAGUUUGCUAUACCCUGACCAUAGUGAAGAUGCCUGGAAGUUUCUGUUCUGUAAACUCAACUGAUAUUAUUUGUAUGUUUUAUUGUACCUCAUACAGUAAACUUUUAGAACC